AUGUCCACCCAACCAACUGGUGCUGUGAACCAUGCAAGCCGUUACCUCUCACCGGCGUCAGAAGCCCGCACCGCGCUCCUUUUGAUUGACAUCCAACGCGGCCUGAACACCAGAAACGGCUACUUCGGAACCGAACGCUCGACACCCAACUUUGAGGAAAACGUCUCCGCCAUCCUGGCCGCGUGCAGAGAGUACAACGAAACGAACACGACCGGCAGUCUUGGCUCUGUUACCGGUGAUACCAUCAGCAAGAACACGGCUGAAUCUGGAGGACAAAAUGCUCUCUCUGAUCCAAACGCCACGAACCACCCAUCAAAGCCCCGUCCCCGCGCGAUAGAAAUCAUCCAUGUAUACCACAAAUCCCGAAACCCGCUAUCGCCACUGCACGUCUCGGGCACCACGCACAAGGACGGGAUCAUGUUCAUGCCGUGCGCGGAACCGGCGGCGGCGGCGGCGGUGGCCAAUGAGUACGUGCUGUCCAAGUCGACGAACACGGCGUUCGGCAACCCAGAAUUGAAGACCAUCUUGGAGCACGGGCACAUCGAGCAGCUCGUCGUCGUGGGCAUCGCGACGGACCACUGCGUGACGACGAGCGUACGCUGGGCUAAGGAUCUGGGCGUGGUGCGAGGCGUCGAAGCAGACGCCUCGUGCGGAUAUAGUGGUACCCAGACCGAACAAGAAGAAGGGGAAGGGGAAGAAAAGCCGGAAGACGGCAAGAUCGUUAUCCUCAGCGACGCGACCGCGUGUUUCAACAAGGGCGGGUUUGACGCCGAGACGGUGCACAAGGUCCAUCUCGCCAGUCUCGAGGGCGAGUUCGCAAAGGUCAUGACCACCGGGGACGUUCUGGAUCAGCUCUUUGGGUGA